CUACCUGCUUCCGGGGGCGCCGGGUUGUUGACGUCCCGCCUGUCCCGCGGUGCGCACCGCUCGGAGCUGCGUGGAGCCUCGGCCGCCUCCAGAGAAAUUUCUGCGUGGGCCCCGGUCACUUCUUCGGUCCGCCGAGAUGGCGAUGCAAGCGGCGAAGAGGGCGAAUAUUCGCCUUCCUCCUGAAGUAAAUCGGAUCUUGUAUAUAAGAAAUUUGCCGUACAAAAUCACAGCUGAAGAAAUGUAUGACAUAUUUGGGAAAUAUGGACCUAUUCGUCAGAUCAGAGUGGGAAACACACCAGAAACUAGAGGAACAGCUUAUGUAGUCUAUGAAGACAUCUUCGAUGCCAAGAAUGCCUGUGAUCACCUGUCGGGAUUCAAUGUUUGUAACAGAUACCUGGUAGUGUUAUACUACAAUGCCAACAGGGCAUUUCAGAAGAUGGAUACAAAGAAGAAGGAGGAACAGUUGAAGCUUCUCAAGGAGAAAUAUGGCAUCAACACAGACCCACCGAAGUAAACGCACUCUUUUCAUUCAGGACUAAGCCACCGCCACCACCACCCCUUCUGUGUUCUUAAUUAACUGAAUAUUGUGAUGGGUUUUGUCCUGGGACCAUACUGGUGGGAUUUAGGGGUCACUCUUCGCAGUGUUAGGGGAGCUCAUGCAAUGCCGGGGACCAGUCCAGCCCUUUGAGCUAUCUCCCUAGAAGAUUAUUUGUGAUUACUUACUUGGAAUCAAAAUGACGUGUAAUGGAUAACAUGGGUUGACAACAGGUAAGAUGUUUGCUUUGCAGUCUUCCUGGGUUUGAUCUCCCAGCACUGCAUAUAAUUCUCCAGGUCCCACUAGGAGUAAGCCCCGAGCACUGCCAGGUAUGACCCAAAAACAAAAUUUUUUGAUAAAUGUGUACAAUGUUAUGUUAAUAAACUUGAUUUUUUAAAAAUGA